AUGUUCUCCGAAUCGUCAUUUCUUAUCGUUAAAUCUGAGAAGCUAGCUGAUGCAGAAGGUAUUUCCAAAAUCCUCAAUGAAAACAAUGCAUCCGCCGUGUUCAUCAAGGACGACUUUGACAACAAGGUAAAUUACCUCAGUCCAAACCCACAAAUCACCCACAUAAUCACCGAAUCCGUUGAUUUUGUCGAAUAUGAACAAGCAAUCCAAUCAAUGAUCCCCAUAACUACCUCGCAAUGGGUCCAUGAUUCCUUGGCACAGCUGAAGAUUCAAAAUAUUAAAUCUUACAACCCCGAUCCAAAGUACUUCUUUCACGAUUGCUUCAUAUGCUGCGCUGAUAAUUUGCCUGAAGGUGAUAAGGAAAUCAUCUAUGGCACAGCCAGUGCCUUUGGUGCGGGCUAUUUAGAUGUGUUGACUAAGUAUACCACCCAUUUAAUUGCUGUUGAUUUAACUAAUGAAAAGAGUAUUGUGGCCAAUAGUGUCAUAAAUUCCAAGAUUAAGAUUGUAGUUCCUGAAUGGAUUGACCAUUGUAUAACACUCGGAAGAAAGGUUGAUGAAAAUGAUUAUUUAUUGCCAAACCCAAAGAUAUUACAACUGGAUGCAGUGUUCCCUACUGCGACAACUGUCUCUUCAAAUGACCCAGCCACCAAUGGACUAGAACACAAAUCUACGUUUUUGAAAGGGAAAAAGAUAUAUCUCAGUCAAGACUAUAACCUAUCCAAAAGACAAAACACGGCCAUUUGCAAGUAUCUCGAAUCUCAUGAAGCCAUUAUAUGUGAGAAAUUCAACCCAGAUAUCGACAUAUACUUGGGAAAAUACCGUCAUGGGGAACAUUACAUUCAAAGUUGCAAGAAUCCAAAUAUUGUAGUAGGUACCCUUGCGUAUUUGUACAACUUGAUAAUCACCAACAAGUGGAUACUUCCAACUAGCUCACAGUUACUCCACUAUCCUCUACCUAUGAACCCAAUACCCCAAUUCACAAACUUGAAAAUCUCAAUCUCAAACUAUUCCGGAGAUUCACGAGCUUAUCUCGCACGAUUAAUUAGUAUCAUGGGAGGAACGUUUACCAAGACACUUACGAGAGAGAAUGAUUACCUUGUCUGUUCGAAACCAGAGGGAAAGAAAUACUUGACUGCCAAGGAAAAAUGGGUCGAUGAGACUGGGAAACCUAUUGUUAAGAUUGUGAAUCACUUGUGGGUCGAGGAAUGUUUUGCACAGUGGGAAUUACAAGAUCUGAACCAGGAAAAGUAUAAUCAUUUCCCCAAAGAUAGUCUUAUGGAGGCUUCAGUCGGAAAUACCAAGCUUAACCUGGAAGUUUUAAAGCUGUGGUAUGCAGAUGAUGAUGACGACGACGAAGAAUCUAAAGACAACGAAGGAAACGUAGAUGACAGUAUGAGUGAAGAUCAAAGCACAAAAAGAAAGACCAAAGAAACCGAGCAAGUUCCUGAUGCCAAUGCUUCCACCGAUUCAAAGGAAGAGCUUAUGGAUAACUCUGAACCGGCUUCCCCAAGUACAACCCAAACAAGCGCAAAAAGUUCUAGUCCACAAGUAAUUGCCGAACCACACCAUACACCAGUUGGAUCACGUAGAUCAGCUGCUAAAAGAGCAGCAGCAAAACUUCACGAAGAUAUGUCAGAUUUGAAUCAGUAUCAACAGAUGACCAAGAGUUCACGGAAGAUGAAAGAGUACAUGACAGAAUUAGAACAUUUAAGCUCAUCGCCAAAUAAACUACUCAGUUCACCACCUGUCAAGAAACACAAACCCAACAAGAAAUGUGAAAUCAUUGCCGUCAUGACUGGUUGUGAAUCAAUCAUUGAUCUUUCAGCGGAUGACAUUGCAAAUUUGCAGAAUGUGGGUGUAGAAAUAAUACUGGACUUGUCAACCCAACCAAACACAUUGAUAGCACCAAAGAUAUUGCGUACAGAGAAGUUCUUGCGCAGUCUUGCUAAAGUCGAUCAUAUAGUUCACCCAAAGUACCUCAUUGAUGUGCUUAAGAAUGUUGACAAGCAAACGGUGUUGACUGAGUUCAAUAUUGAAGAUUAUAGGUUAGAUAAAGUAACAAAACUCGAUCAAGAAUUGGGGAAGAAUGGAUUGAACAAUUUGUUAACUUCACCAAACAAGGGCAAGUUAUUCCAAGAUUUGAGUUUUAAUAUGUCAUCUAAUUUGAAUGGUGGUGUUGAUGUGAUUGCUAGAAUUUUACACGAGCACGGAAUGAAGGAUUUCCAUGAGAUCAAACUGGCUACAAAAUUAGCUAAAACCGUCAUUGACACACACAUUGAAUCCACUGAUCAAGUGAUUCUCCUAGCUAACAAGACUAAAGACACAAAAUUAAUUGCGGCAUUCAAAAAGCAAAUCAAGAAUGGGAUUGCCCUUGAAUGGGACUGGUGCGUUAAGUCAAUCUUCAAAAUGCAAUUGCAGAACCUUGACGAUUUUAAAUUAUAA